AUGAGCGAAAAAAAGCAAUGGACAGUUGAGGAAUGCAGCAAUUUAAUUGAGCUCUACCGAGAUCAUACAAACUUAUGGAACGCUUCGCAUAUAGAUUACAAAAGCCGAAUAAAGAAGUAUGAUUCUCUGAAGGAAAUAGCCCAAAGAUUUGGAACGAAGUAUGAAGAAAUUGAACGAAAAAUAAAAAAUUUAGUUAGCCAGUAUCAACGGGAAAGAAGAAACUACAAAAAAUUAAAGAAGUCUGGAGCUGGGCACACUUCUGCAAUGUGUUUUUUACACGACAAAAACAAACCUAGUAAAGGUAGGCAAGUCGGAUUAAAUUUUGAGGACAGCAACCCAUCAAGCAGUGAAGACAGUGAUGACAAUGAGAUUCAAACGUGUGAAUUGACACGUAGUGCCAAUGAGAGUAUGCAUGAAUUGGAUGCUAAUGUUUCAGACGUUCAGAUAGAAAACCAGUAACAGGAGAUCUAGGAGCAAAACAUAGAACAACAAGGGUCUUCGGUGUCUGACGUUCUGAAUUCACCAGAAACUGAACCAUUCAAAACACCAAACACAAAAGAGGGCACAAAAAACGACCAUCUAAACAGCAUUUAUUAUCAGCUCCUAAAGCUGCUAAGAGUUCCAAAUUAGUAGAUACUGUUAAUACGAGUACUUCUGCUAAAGAAGCCUUUGAAAUGAUGAAAUCCGUGUAUCAGAAAACACAGACAACCGAAACACGUGACAAAUACUCAAUAUUAGGUGAACUAGUAGGACAUACAAUACGUAACUUGAAAACAGAUUUUGCAAAGGCUACAGUUGAACA